AUGGGGAAGUAUGUGCACAAGAAGGACCUUUUGGGCUGGAGUCAGAACAAUCGUGACUAUGCCAUCCCGCACGCACUGUGGUCGAAAUGGAAAUCUGGUGGCCGUGGCAGGAGCUAUGCACUUGCAGUUCACGAUGAAGAUUGCGAGAUGGACGAGACCUAUGAGCAUGAGUCCAUCUAUGGGGCUGUGUAUGAGGCGCAAUCUCUCUCACCCCAGAAGAAGAAGAAACCUGCCACUACGUUCUUUGUCCUGCACGACAAGAUUGAGUCCGAUGGAGAGCAUGACAACGAGCAGACCGACAAGGCUUCACUUGCGCGAGCACCAUCAACUUCCUAUGAGCAGUACUUGGCUGAUGGUGUGGUGAAGUCGCAGGACAAUGAGAUCAAGUUUCACAGCAGCGUCGACACUGAGCCCAACAGCAACAACGUGAAGCAUUGGAUGCCCGAGAACGUCAACAACAACUUGGUGAUGCGGCUUCUGGCUCUCCUACAUCACCAGCUUCGCCCUCAUGGAGUGUCAUUCAUGGAUGACCUCUACAACAUCCACUCCGUCUGA